AUGAUUCCCACAAAGCAUUGGACAAGGCGUUUCAAACCAGCAGCUCUCAUAUUUCUACUGAUUGUUCUUUUGUUCAAUGCCCAGCCCGUGCAAGCAAAGAUCCCCACAUCUCAACGUUUCGAUCUAUCAAAGCCUUCAUACGACCUCUUCCGCAGCAAGUCCCUCCAUGACGUGACAAUACAGCAAGGCUUCGCCUUCGACAAUACCAAUCGCCGACUCUUCGUCAGCCAACGACGUGACGGUUCCUCCGACACCGCGGGCGAUCUAUGCAUCACCCAACUUGACUUCGACGGCAAAUAUGUGGGACACAUGCAUUUGAAGAAUUUCGGUCACGGCGUCUCCUUUGGCGCUCAAGCCGUCGGCUCAUCAUCCUACUUAUGGACGGAAGUGGAGGCCAAUUCGAAUGGAUAUGGCAAGAAACUUGCUCGGUUCAAGUUUGUUAGCGGAACUACGCUAUCGUCAUCCUCGUCAUCGCUUAAGAAAUUCGCCCCCGUCGCCGGUGCUACGGAACAUACCUGCUCCAUUGAUCCAGUGAAUAACCGUCUUAUUGUUCGCGCCAACCUCAGUGACGCUUCCAAGUUGAAGACAGCGUCGGAUACAUUCCAGGGGUAUGCGGCAUAUGGCCAGUAUAUCUAUCUCUUAUACGGAAACUCGUAUGAUGUCACCGGCGGGAAGGUCAAUUCAGAUGUUACUACUGUCGAUAUGAAUACUGGGGCUGUCGUUCAGGGUCCUCUCAUUACCAAGGCGGGAUCAACACUGUCGUUCCGUGAACCUGAAGGGUUGGCUAUCUAUAAGACUGCAGGUGGGGAAGUUCGUCUUUUCUUGGGUUUUGCCUCGGGUGAAGGUGGUGAUCGGCGGUCGAAUUUAUUCUACAAGAAUGCUUUGGUUUAG